AAAAAGCACGUUUAAGAGGAGGAGGGGGGUACUUUGCUGGGUUAAAAAAACGCAGUCCCACAUCAUACCUCAGGGAGUGCGAAAAGCAGGGAGAAGCUGUCAGUACCCAACCUGAUCUUAGUUCAGUUUGUGCUCAGCCCUGGAAGGUGGUGGACCAGACCUUCGACUUUCCUUGCCGACUGAAUCCAUCGCAUCAGCAAGUCAGGACACACCAUGGGAGGCAAGAUAAGUAAGAAAAAGAAGGGGUAUGAUGUCAACGACACAAAAGAGAAGCAGGAUGGGGACGCCCACAACGUUGAGACCAAGUCUGCAACCCUACUAUCAGAGCAGAUAGAUGGCACAGUCGAGGCUGACAAGCAAGCCACCGUGGACGAUUCUGCUGAGUCCACAGUGGAGGCUUCUACGGUGUCUCAAGAGGUUGUGCCAUCCCAGGCUCCAGCAACGGAAGGCACCCAAGUAGAAACGGAUGCAGCUCAAGAGAAAACAGCGGCAGUGACGAAGGAAGCAACUCCAUCAGUUCCUGUCGAGACACAAAAGCCAGAAGAACCAUCCAGUGGGUCAGAGCCGCAAGUAAGCUUGGAAGCCCCUGCAUUGAAAAAGGCAGAUGAACCAAAAGUAACAGAGGAGGUGGUCACCCUUUCUCCACAAGCCCCUGAAACUCAAGUCAUUCAGGAGAAUCCUGCUCCCAUCAUAUCGCCUCCUCCUGCUGAUGUUGUGGUUGAGCCGGUUUCUAAGGAAUUGGACACAAAGCCUCCAGUGACUACACCUGAGACAAGUGCUCAAGUCAAAGAAGCUACUGCAGAAACGACAGUGAUACACGAACCCAUCAAACAAACAGAAGCAGAUAUUCCAGCAGAACAAUGUACUGCUGUGACAAACGAAGAGGCCGCAGGAACCAAGCCCACCAUAGAGUCAGAGACAGUCCCACCAGGGACAGUCAUGCCAUCAGAACCAGAUACCGUUGAGAGGGAAGUGAGUACAACACAGAAAUCCACCAGCGACUCAGAGACUGUUACUCCAUUAGAACAAGUUUCUGUUGUGGAAGUCAGUACAGUACAGAAGUCCACCACUGAGAUAGAGACUACUACUCCAUCAGAAAACGCUGCAGGAAAAACUGUGGAUGUGACCACAGUACAGAAAUGCACUGUGAUUCCAUUUGAACAAGCUUCUGUUGAAACUGUGGGUCUUACCACAGUGCAGAAACCAACUGCAGAGACCAUUAUUCCAUCAGACGCUCUCGAGACUCGAGAAGAAUCUGUUAUUUGCGAGACUACAGAAUCUCAUGCAAACACAGUGGAAGAACAUGCUACGCAUACUGAAAUCUUGGAACCAACACAGGUUCCUCCACCUCUGCCAGAGGAGCUCCCUGAAGUCACAACAACAGAUGAGGAUAAAACAGCUGAAUCCACUGAAACAAAACUAGAGGCGGAGGUCAAAGACAAAUCUGACGACGGUUUUGUGGGUUCAGAGCCUGAAAAUGUUGACAUAGGUGUAAGUUCACAAGUAGAUGUGCCAAGCAUUGCUCUAAAUUCAGAAAAUGCAGAGGCUGCAGUGACAGAGGUUGUUCCAGAGAUAGUUAUUUCUGAGUCAGUUUCUACCAAUGAAUUCCCAAGUGAUGAAGUGAAAGAAAGUGUGGCUGAGAAAGAGGUCAUGGAAAGUGCAGCAGAGGGACAUGACCAAGAACCUGUUGUCCCGGCUGUGGUGCCAGAGGUGAACGCUCAAGUGGAAGCACCUGAAGAUGUGCCAACAAGUGACAGUGGUACAGCUCUGGUUGAGGAGUUAAAGGUGGAGAAUGGAGAGCAUGAGGGUCUCACACCUGAGCUGAAUGGGGAGACUAAAGCUGCCAAAUCAGUUGUUGAGACGUCACAAAACGAGGAACGUGUCAAUGGAAUCAGCUCCCCUGAUGGAUCCCCCAAAGAGGACCAUGUAAAAGACAUCUGUGACCUGAAGAAGGACUUGACUGCUGACACUGAGGUCCCCACAGUCAUCGGAGACAUGGCUUCAGCCAUAAACGCGACAACGAAUGAGGUUGACUUAGUCUGAAGAACUGACACAAGCAUAAAUGUUGAUGACAUGCAUAUUUAAAGGUGGCACUAGCUGCUUAAUGGAUCAUGGAAAUGCUUGCAAUAGCUGAACUAAAGAAUUUUUGGCCCACAAAAAAUGAAACAGAAAUGCUCCAGAGUCUGCAGUUUAUGGAUAAUAAGCAGAAUGACUGACAAACAAAACAGGACAGCAGAAAAUAACAUUACAUAAUUUGGACAGUAGCCCUUUAAAUAACUAAACGACUAACAAAUGUAUUUGUGCUGCAUCUAGACUUUCACAUAUUCUUACUUUAACUGUUAAAAUGACAUGCUGUGGAACGACCGGUAAUGGAAUGCUCAUUUUAAUUAAAUCACUUGGUCUCUAAGAAUAAAAAAUUUUUACCUUAAAAAUGUGCAUUCAGUGACUAGCACAAUUCACUGUAUAACACAUUUUAUAAGCAGAUAUUGGAAGCUGGCAUAUAUACCCUUAAGGCAGAAUUACAGUGACUAACCCUACACAACUGACUGCGUCUCAACAACACUGAAAUAAAAACCUACCAUUUACAUACUUCAUACAAUCCUUUUAUCAAAACAUGAUUUAGUGCUAUCCUCAAUGAUUUUUCAUAAGAAUAAAUGGCUGAACUUA